AUGGCGGCACAGUCUGCAGGGCAUGCAGAGCUUGUGAAGCAGCAUUCUGAGCUGAUGAAGGCCCACCAAGAACUGGUGAAACAGUGCGGUUCCAUGAAACCCAAGACUCCAGAAGGGAGGCCCGCUGUCGGCUCCUGCACAAACCCACGGAUUCGUAAGCAGAGAAGUCGUCUCUACGUCACGAAUGAUUCUAAGUUGACACCACCCAUUGAACCAACGCUUGUGGAUAAUGCGCUGCUAUUCCUUCCAGAGAGAGCUGUGCGCGAUAUGAACCUCGAGCCCAACAUGAAUGACAAGGGCGACAGUGACAAAACCAUGUGGUGUGGACGUGUUUGGGAGUUGAGAGAGCUCAUGGCCACCUUCCAUAAAGACAAGGUGAGUCGAAUCGGAUCCGAGGCUGCGCAGCUCACAGAUUUUCGAAAGCGUGAGCUGAAGGCCAAGAUGAAGGAUCCUUCUGUGCGAAAGAUGUUGAAGAGGUUUGCAGCUAGGUGGCGAGGUGCUGCCUAUCGCAACCGCUGCAGCUUCGCCGUGCUUGACCGCCUGAAGUAUUCGAACCUGCGAGGAACGUUGGUCUAUGCACAUGGCUCGGGCGGCUGCAACUGGGACAACUAUCGGAUCUGUCGAAUGAUUGCUGGUAUGGGGAUCCUUGUAGUUGCUCCUGAUGGCUUUGCGUACCCCAAGAAUACUGCCAUGGGCGAGAUGAGGCAUAAGGAGCUUGGACCUUUGCACCGAGCAAGCGAUGAUGUGGAUUAUUGGGCAAAUGAUCUGAUUUAUAUGUCCGCCGCAAAUGGAACAUUCAAUUAUUCCAGCAAGGCAGCCUCGGUGCUGCAGCAGCCCGAUGAGUACAAAGACAUGUAUGAGAAGUGUUAUCAGCUGCGUCGAUCCGAGCUGCAUUUCACGAUCUCUCAUCUGCCUCACUGGGUCCAUUCUCAGGGAUUUUACUUAGGGGGCACCUCGGAGGGAGCGAUGACAGUUGCGCGCUUCGACGAUCAGCGCUAUGGGGCGAUGGUCAUCGGCCGGUUCAUCAACUCUUUUAGCAUUGAGUACUGUUACUUCACGCCAGAGCCGGAAGCCGGUCUAAUUGGCGGUCAGCUGGAUGUACCGACGUUGAACAUCAUCGGAACAAAAGAUCAGUAUUUUGGUAAGGAGGAUUCCAUUGCAAAGCUGGUGGCAGAGAAUGGGGUCACAGGAUACGGUGAUAGGCACCUCACCGGACAUGGAUACAACACAAUGGUACGUCAAGGGCUCGAUGUGGGCUUGGUGUGCAUCUUAGAGGAUGGAAUGCACUCUCCAUGCAACACCCACGACAAUUUCUUGCGCCAGCUUUUCAACACCUUCUUCUCCAGGACCCACUCUAUCUGGGAGCUGCACAUGAUAUGGGCUGCGGAUCCCACACUAAAUGCCCUGAUUUCAUUGGAAGAAACUACCGCAGUUGGGGAUGGCAUGGUCGGCAAGAACAUCACCCGACUCUUUGUGCCAAAGAUGAAGUAUCCAAAUCGUUUGAAUCUUCGCACUGUUGAGGUGCUCCGGUCCUUGAAUUGUCAAGAUGAGCUUCGGGAUGCCAUGGCAAAGGAGAAGUGUAUCAUUGAUGCUGAGAGGACUGAAAUCAAGGAACAGCUAGACCGCGUCCGGGUGGAAGCAGCCAAGCAGCGCAAUUUCAAAUCAACCGGAAAGCCUGCGUCGAAUUUUUAUGCCAAGGACAAGUUUGCCGUCAAGUGUGCAUGGAAAGACUGGCUAAAAACCCACACAUGA